AUGGUGUCCCAGGUGCAAGCAGCGUCCUGGUGGCGUGACCCAAGCCCCAUCUUCGGCAAGGUUGCUCCGGAGAUUAUCGAGGACACGCUGAUCCAUUUGGCCACGGAAAAUGAACACUACCUGAGCAAGCUGUCGGAUCAGGCCGGAUGCUUCAAAGACACACGGAUAGUGGAAUUUAUAUUCCUUUUGUCUGAAAAAUGGCACUUGGACCAAUCGGCAAGGUACCAAGCGGUAGAGUUAUUUGAAAGGUUUAUGAUCAAGCAAGUAGAACAAAUCUCUAAGUCCUGCAGAGAGAACGUUAAAAGUCGCGAACAAGGACAAGGCAGCAGCUGGAGCUCCCUGAAAGAUCAGAUAGACGACACGUUUGUCCUCCGGCUUGUGUCAUGCAUUCAGCUUGCAAGCAAACUUUCCUUACACUAUAACGUAGUUAACAGUGACACAGCUUUAAAAUUUCUGCAAUCCUUGAAAUAUUCAUACACUAAACAGGAAUUGCUCGAGUCGGAGCUUGCUGUUUUAAAAAUGCUGCACUUUGAGAUCAAUGUGUUAACUCCUUUGGCUUACGUGGAAUUGCUUCUAGAGGUUUUAGGAUACAAUGGUUGCCUGCUUCCUGCAAAACCAUUACAUCAGAUGUGUAUGCAACUACUAGACUUCUCCUAUCUUACAAGAGAUACCAUCUACGACACUUUGUUGAAAAUUGCCAUUGAAAAUUCGACACCAAGCGAACUGCAGAUAGCAAAGUUUUUGGCAGUAAAGGAAGAUUUCAUGCUCUUGGCUGUUGGAAUCAUCAGCACAAGCGUGUUCAUACUAAGCCCUGAGCACUGGCAGCAGGUUGUGGAGCAUUUAAACUGUAUCACUGGCAUUACUUCACAAAGUAUCUUAGAAUUUUCUUAUGCAGUACUGAUACAUGUUGUUGGCACUACCACUCCAAAGCAGCACUACAGGAACUGUGGACCAAGCUCCGGAGAACAGAAUUAUGCCUCUUAA